GAGCUCCGGGGAAGCCUCAGCACAAGGCGAGACAGAGAGAGAGAGAGAGAGAGAGAGAGAAAGAAGAGAGAGCGAGGGGGCUCCUUUGUGUCCCGCCCCCGAGGGCAUGCGCGUCCCCGCCAGGACCCCCACCAUGUCCCAGUUCUCGCCCAGUUUCCUGCUGGUGCCCAUCCCGGAGGACCCCCUCCUGGACUGCGCCCCCAACAAGGUCCUCAAGCUGGUCGUCCUGGGGGGCAGCGGCGUCGGGAAGACCGCCCUGAUUGUGCGUUUCCUCACCAAGAGGUUCAUCGGAGACUACGAAGCCAACACCGGUGCCUUGUAUUCUCGCCAAUUCACCAUUGACGGCGAACAGGUCUCGCUGCAAGUCCAGGACACCCCUUUCGUUUCCUUAGAGGAUGAAGGCGAGACCAUCUGCUGCCAGGAGCAGAUCAACCGCUCCAUCUACUGGGCCGACGGCUUUGUCUUGGUCUACUCCAUCGCGGACUUCCAGAGCUUCCGGGCCGUGCGGCCCUUGCACCUCCACGUCCGGAGGAUCCACCCCAACGCCAACAUCCCGCUGCUGCUGGUGGCCAACAAAGGGGACCUCCUGCGCGCCCGGCAGGUCUCGGCCCGGGAGGGGCAGCAGUUGGCCGCGGAGCUGGGCUGCCCGUAUGCCGAGGUCUCCGCCCGGGAGAACGCCGACGGGGUCCACGAGGCCUUCCAGCAGCUCUGCCAGGAGAUGAGCCGCAUGAUGGCGUCCGGGGGCUGCAACGGGGAGAAGCGGAGGGGCCUCCACCUCGUCCGGCCCAAGUCCCCCAACAUGCAGGACCUCAAGAGGAGGCUCAAGCAGGCCUUGUCCUCCAAAGGCAGGGCCACCACCGCGCUCUGAAACUCUUUGGGCCGUGUUGUGCAUCUUCAAGUCUAUCACUGGUGAUCCUAUUACGGAGUUUUCAUGGCAAGACUUUUGCAUAAGUUUGUUGAUGCCUCUCUCCAGCCCAACAUCCUAUUGACUUCCGUUGCUGAGCAGGGAUUAGAACAUGGUUUUUGAACAUCCUAGUUCAAUGCUCAACCAAUACACCCACUGGAUAUUAUCCGAUAUGAUAACCCUCUCCCAGGGUUUUCUUGGGAAGAUUUGUCAGGUUUGCUUCUGCCUCCACCUGAGGCUAAGAGAGUGUGCCUUGCCCAGCAUCCUGCCAUCGCUUUCCAUGGUCAAGGAGGGAUUUGAGUCUUGGUUUACAUUACAUUGGAUCCAAUUCGAUCACGUUCUCCCAGGGUUUCUUCAGAAUAGAUUUCUAAAUGCCUUCCUCUGAGGCUGAGAGAGUACGACAUGCCCAAUGUCUGGCAAUUGGUUCCCAUGGUCAAGUAGGGAUUCAGAUCUUAGCAUCUUAGAAUCGUAAUCCAAGACUGAAACCACCUAAGGCUGAGAGUGUGCCUUGCCCAAAGUCACCCAAGAGUCUUCCAUGGUUGAGGCGGAAUUCGAACCCCGGUCUCACAUAGUCCUGAUCCAACACUAUGCUGCCUCUUAACACCAACCAUAUUUGUAUCCAUUUAUGCCAAAUGUAUGAACAGCAUCCUUUGAUAUGUUUUUCUGUCUAAAAAUAAGACCAGAACUGAUAUGCACAGGUUACAUUUUAGACACAUUUCAUGUUCCUUUUAUUUAUUAUUUAUUUACAACAUUUAUACCCCGCCCUUCUCACCCGAGGGGACUCAGGGCGGCUUACAAAAAUUGGCAAAAUUUAAUGCCCAAAUUGCAAUCAUAAAAACAAAACAAUAUAAACAGAUCUGUUAAAAACAUUGUUAAAACACAUUAUAAAAAUCUUAAAAACGUAUAUAUAAUUAAUUCCAUUCAUCCGAGAUCCUCAUGCAUCUCCUUUUAACCUAUGGUUUUGAGGCACGGGAGCCCCGGUGGCGCAGCGGAUUAAACUGCUAAGCUGCUGAACUUGCUGACCGAAAGGUUCGCAGUUAGAAUCAAAGGAUUCCCCCAGGCAGGAAGCAACCAGGCUUUGAAGCUGAAAGGCUAUUCGAUGCGAAUCAAGGUGGCCAAUUGCAACAUUCACACUUGCCUCAAACAGACAAAGAGUCCUUUCUCCCACCCUGGACAUCAUUCUACAUAUAUAUAGUUUCCCAGAGACCUCGCAACCUCUGAGGAUGCCUGCCAUAGAUGUGGGCGAAACGUCAGAAGAGAAUACUUCUGGAAGAUGGCCAUACAGCCCGAAAAACUCACAGAAAUCCAGUGAUUCCGGCCAUGAAAGCCUUCGACGACACUUUUGCAAAUAUUGAGUCAGCCCUGCCAUGUUAGUCUUCUGAAGAAAGAGCACUUAACGGCAUGAAUGUACAUUUCCACUAUGCAAGCGUGAUGGCAAACUCUGGACCAAUGGCACUGCAAGUUCCACGAAGAAUGGCACUGAAUGGAAAAUAGCCAUAACCACAUCUUCAUCCGUAGGACAUAUUGGCUACCAGGAAAAUAGAUUUGGCUUGCAAUUUGUUCCUGGUCGCCACUCCAAAAACUUUUCCAGUGUAUGUUUUUAUCCAUUUGUAUGAUUAUCUUUUUCCUUUUGAUAUAAAAAUAAUAAUGUAUAAACACAA